AUGGUUGUACUCAAGCAUUCAAGUGUGACCGCUAUCCUCUGGCUAGGCCUUGCCAGCCGUGGACUUGCACAAUCCCUUGAUGAGCCUGAUAAUCUUGCUGUUCGAGGCGAGAAUGUUGAGGAAAUUAUCGCUCGAGAUAUCGAUCUCAGUCUCAAGGAAAGAGAUGACGAUGAUGGGCUUGAGACUCGCGACAAUGAGGACGAGCUCGUCGAAGUUCGCGAUUUCGAGGAUGACCUUGCGGUCCGAGAAUUCGAGGAGGCGCUCCCAGAAGCUUGGGGUCUCUAUGCUCGUCAAGCUGGUCUUCGCCCUCGACCUCGCCCUCGCCCUGCGCCAGCCCCAAACCCUGCUCCCCCGUCUGCUGGAAGACGACCUCGUUCUGUUGACGACUAUGAGGCCCGUGAUCUCUAUACUCGCCAAGCUGGUCUUCGCCCUCGCCCUCGCCCUCGCCCUGCGCCAGCCCCAAACCCUGCUCCCCCGUCUGCUGGAAGACGACCUCGUUCUGUUGACUACCUUGAAGCUCGGGGUCUCUAUGCUCGUCGCCCUGCUCCACAAGCUGGUCUUCGCCCUCGCCCCCGCCCUCGCCCUGCUCCGGCCCCUAACCCUGCUCCCCCUUCUUCUGGAAGACGCACCCGGUAA